CAGCGACACUCUCGUGCACUUCCCGGCGGUCACGGAGGCCAGAAUCGGGAGCGCGCAUCCCGGUUCGUUACGUCACUCGAAGCGCCCAGGCUCGCGAAGCUACUGGCAGAGCUGGCAAAGAGAGGAAGAAAACGACAGAAGUAGUCAAAAAGAGGGCUUUCACCACGAAUAACGGCUCUUAAAGUGAUAACGGUCCGCCUACGACCAUUAAUACUACCACAGACAUCCCACUAAACCGGACUAACCUCUUGUGAAAGAAGGAAUAUAACAUGACCAGGUUAAACGGAUAAAACUGUACACCUCUCAACACCCAACCCAGACUUCAUGUUAUUAAAAUGAGCCCUUUCUUCUGCUGUACGUUAAAAAAAGUAAAACCCGAAAUAUAGGUCACCUUUCUGGAUUUACAAAACACAACUUGUACAUCUAUAUCGCCCCCCUUGUCUUUUCACGGCUCCCCUUCUCUACUCAGAACCACCAUGUACGGUAGCGCUCGAUCUGUGGGCAAAGUGGAGGGAAACCACAGUGGUGGGAGCAAUCAGAGUCCUGGCCGCUCGCCCCGUCUCCCACGUUCGCCCCGCUUGGGCCACCGGCGAACCAACAGCACAGGAGGCAGUGGGGCAGGAGCGGGUGGUCCAGGGAGUAAAACCCUCUCUAUGGAGAACAUCCAGUCCCUCAAUGCUGCAUAUGCCACAUCUGGCCCAAUGUACCUGAGCGACAACGAGGUGGUGGCAUCCGGUCCGGACCUGCCCAAGAGCACCAUGACGCUCGGACGCUCGGGGGGUCGGGUGCCUUACGGGGUCCGCACGACCUUAAUGGGAAGCAGCCCAAAUAUCGCCAUGGGUGUCCCGGGCUCAGUGCCUACCGAUGCCAUCGCCUUUGGAGACCAUCACAUGCCUUCCAACCUGUCUUCUACUGUGCCUCACUCGCUACGGCAGGCGCGGGACAACACCAUCAUGGACCUGCAGACCCAGCUCAAGGAGGUUCUCCGGGAGAACGAGCUCCUGAGGAAGGAGGUGGAUAUAAAGGAGAGCAAGCUCAGCUCCUCCAUGAACUCCAUUAAGACCUUCUGGAGCCCGGAGCUGAAGAAGGAACGUGCGCUUCGUAAAGAUGAGGUGUCGAAGAUUGCCGUGUGGAAGGAGCAGUACAGAGUCGUGCAGGAUGAGAACCAGCAUCUCCAGAUGACCAUUCAGGCCAUGCAGGACGAGCUCCGGAUCCAGCGGGAUCUGAACCAGCUGUUCCAGCAGGACUCCAGCGUUCGUCCCGGCGAACCCCUGGGAACCGAGCUGACCGAGGAGAACUUCCAGCGGCUGCAUGGAGAACACGAGCGCCAGGCCAAGGAGCUUUUCCUUCUGAGGAAGACUCUGGAAGAGAUGGAGCUGCGCAUUGACACGCAGAAGCAGACGCUCAACGCCCGAGACGAGUCUAUCAAGAAGCUUCUGGAGAUGCUGCAGAGCAAAGGGCUGUCAGCAAAGGCCAGCGAGGAGGACCACGAGCGCACUCGCAGGCUGGCAGAUGCCGAGAUGCACAUCCACCAUCUGGAGAGCCUGCUGGAACAGAGAGAGAAGGAAAUGGUUUUGCUUAGGGAGGAAGUCCACAGACGAUAUGAGGGGGCACCAGAAUCUGCCAAAACCAAGGCCCUACAGACGGUCAUCGAGAUGAAGGACUCAAAGAUCAGCUCUCUGGAGCGCAGUCUGAGGGAACUGGAGGAUGAGAUUCAGAUGCUGAAGUCAAACGGAGCUCUUAGUACAGAAGAGAGAGAGGAAGAGAUGAAACAGAUGGAGGUCUAUCGCAGUCACUCCAAGUUCAUGAAGAAUAAGGUAGAGCAACUAAAGGAGGAACUGGCACAGAGCGAAUCGCAGGGUGAAGAGCUGAAAAAACGGGUGACUGAGCUGCAGCGGGAGGUCUCUGCCAUUGACCAGGUGAAGCAGGAUCUGUCCAGAAAGGACACCGAGCUUUUGGGUCUUCAGACAAAACUGGAGACACUCACCAAUCAGUUCUCUGACAGCAAGCAGCAUGUCGAUGUUCUGAAAGAGUCUCUUACUGCCAAAGAACAGCGGGCCGCCAUCCUCCAGACUGAGGUCGACGCACUGCGGUUACGCUUAGAAGAAAAGGACGCCACGCUAAACAAAAAGACCAAACAGAUACAAGAAAUGUCAGAGGAGAAGGGCACGCUCAGCGGAGAAAUCCACGACCUCAAAGACAUGCUCGACGUCAAAGAACGCAAGGUCAACGUGUUGCAGAAAAAGAUUGAAAACCUGCAGGAGCAGCUGAGGGAUAAAGAGAAGCAGAUGACCAGUUUGAAGGAGCGUGUCAAAUCCCUGCAGGCGGACACUUCAAACACUGAUACGGCCCUUACCACGCUGGAGGAGGCCUUGGCUGAGAAGGAGCGUAUUAUCGAGCGGCUGAAGGAACAGAGGGAUAGAGACGAGCGGGAGAAGAACGAAGAAAUCGAGAGCAACAAGAAAGAACUCAAAGAACUCAAGGAGAAGGUCGGCUUACUACAGGGAGACCUGGCCGAUAGAGAGGCCUCUCUAUUGGACCUGAAGGAGCACGCCUCGUCCCUGGCAUCCUCUGGACUGAAGAAGGACUCCAAGCUGAAGAGUCUUGAAAUCGCUCUCGAGCAGAAGAGAGAGGAGUGCACCAAAUUCGGGAGUCAACUUAAAAAGCGCUCUGAGCUCAUGUCAGGCCAUCCCUCCAAUCUUGCGCAGUCAGCCGCAGUUGAGGCCCAGACGAAUGCGGGGCUUUCGGAGCGCAUUGCCAUGCUCGAGCAGGAGGUGGCGCGUUACAAAGAGGAUGCUGGGAAGGCGCAGACGGAGGUGGACCGACUCCUGGAGAUCCUCAGAGAGAUGGAGAAUGAAAAGAAUGACAAGGAUCGCAAGAUCAAUGAGCUGGAGAGUCUGGUUUCAAGGCAGAUGAAAGACCAAACAAAGAAAGUGGCCAACCUAAAGCACAAGGAGCAGGUGGAGAAGAGCAAGAACGCCCAGCUGAUGGAAGAGGCUCGGAAGAGAGAGGAUAAUAUCAAUGAGAGUUCUCAACAGAUCAAGGAUUCUAUACGGCAUAAGGACGAGCGCAUUGAGGAAUUGGAGGAGGCGUUGCGUGAGAGCGUGCAAAUCACAGCUGAGAGAGAGAUGGUGUUGGCGCAAGAGGAAGCUGCCCGCACAAAUGCCGAAAAACAGAUGGAGGAGCUGCUGGCAGCCAUGGAAAAGGUGAAGCAAGAGUUGGAGUCCAUGAAGGCCAAGCUGUCGUCCACCCAGCAGUCCCUGGCGGAGAAGGAAGCCCACCUGACAACGCUGAGGGCGGAGCGCAGAAAGCACCUGGAAGAGGUGCUAGAAAUGAAGCAGGAGGCGCUGUUGGCAGCCAUCAGUGAGAAGGAUGCCAACAUUGCUCUUUUGGAGCUCUCCGCCUCGAAGAAGAAAAAGACUCAAGAUGAAGUGGCGCUGUUGAAGAGAGAAAAAGACCGAUUGGUACAACAACUCAAACAGCAGACGCAGAACCGAAUGAAGCUGAUGGCUGAUAACUACGAGGAUGACCACCAUAAAGAAUCCAAUUCUGACCAGACCAAUCACAAACCUUCUCCGGAGCAGAUUAUCCCCCCUCUCAUAGACCUCAAUCAGAACCGCAGUAAACUGAAACUGUACAUCGGCCACCUCACAGCACUUUGCCACGAGAGAGACCCCAACAUCUUGCAGGACCUGGCCCCGCCCUCAGCAUACAACCACACCCAACAGGACACCUGGGAGGAGGAGCUUCAGAAGAUGAGCCCAGAACAGCUGGAGUCUGAGCUGGAGCAGUGCGAGAGAGAGAGCGCAGAACUGCAGGAAUACGCAAACUCCGUCCUACAGCAGAUUGCGGACCACUGUCCCGACAUCCUGGAGCAGGUGGUCAACGCUCUGGAGGAGUCGUGCUGACCGACCCACACCGCCUGCCUGCCUGCCUGCCGUUUCCUCCUCUCUUCGUCUUCUAUCGGUUUCUCAUUUCAUCUCACGGCCCACAGAUGCCAACACAAAACACAAACUUUCUCACCCGCACCCACAUGCACAAUUCCAAGAUCAGAAAAGAGACACAUAUACGGGAAAGACUGACGGCUUAUGGAAGCGAAGUGCACGCUCGAAUUGACCUCGGGGGGUGGGAGAGGCGGGCUUUUCGCCCCGAGUCACAUACUCUCUCUGCACCUCCAAAAUGUUGUUUACACUUCACCCUAUGACUUACAUAAACACAAAGCACCCUGGGAUGAAGAAACACGAAGACAGGAGAUCCAAGAGAGAGAGUAUUAUAAGCCAUCUCUGUUGUUUGGUGUUGUGUUGCGGCCUGUUCUCCUUCUCCGAAUGCCGUCCUGCAGGAGGUGGAGAUUUCUCCAUGAGGGCCAGGAAAUAGGUCUCUUAUCUUGAUGUACGCUGUUGCCACAGCUUUUAAAAGCUGCAGAAUUUUGAAACAGUUUCGAAGCAAUUUACAUUUUUCCCCCAUCUCGCUCGCUUUUUUCUAGAUGUUUUGUUACUGACGUUAAAUUAUGGGUCAUUCGCACGGGGCAAAUAUCCUGCACUCUGGAACCAUCUGGUUUCACUCAAAGUGCUUGGUUAAUGCUCCGGUUGUGCCAGCAAACAGUCCUCCUGGAGUUAAACAUACUUUUACUAUCGUAGUCAGUAGCGGGUUUAGAUUACUGCAACCCCCAACCAUCUGGGAAUUUACUAUCCACUUGGUUACUGCCCGGUUUCCUCCAAAGCCUGCUUUUCCGUAAAAGUUAUGAAACGGACAAUAUGGGUAAUGUUAUCCCAUGUGCACCUGUCACCAGCUAAGAGUAUUUUGCCGAAACCACAGCCUGGUUUGUGUCUGUUAAAUAUGAGAGGGAGAAAAUUAUUUGCCUUGGAACUUGUAGGUUUAUUGCCGCUAACAUUUGUCUUUGCGUGUGACAGGUUUGGUUAUGUAUUUUUUUCCUGAAGACGGGAGGCUGGUUGUGCGAAGGGUGUUAUUACCAACCCAGAUGUUGUGCAAAAGUGCCUCAUCAUCAGUUCGUGGCCGUCUCACGUCAGUGAAAUAGGAAAACAGUCCUUUAUCACUCAUUCUGCGCUUCGAAAACGAAAGGCUUAAAGACUGGCUGGAGUUUAUCGCUUACCUGCUUUUUCAAAGCCGAAAGUCUUUUUAUUUGAUGGUAAAUUUGUAGUGGUUUAGAUAGUCUCACUCUCUCUUCUUAAGAUCAGAUUAAAGUUUUGUGCGGUUGCCCUAUCAGAGAUCUAUCAGGCUUUGAUCUCCUGCUUCUCUAAUGUACCACCAUGUUCCUCUUUUUCGCCAUGCUGGCUUCCUAUCAUCAUCCUCAAACGUUCGCACCUGUGUUAGCACAGCCAUCAGGUGGAUCCUCUUUCACUUUAUGGUUAUAUGGGUCUAUAUCCGCAGGCCCGAGGUGUCCGUUUCUUCACCGUUCAACUCCUGAUAAACGCUGUUGCUUCAUUUCAUUUCACACGUUGCCUGUUGCUUUAAAGUCCAGAGUCGACUUUCUGGGGAUGACACUGGGCGUAACCUGCCCUCUGCUCUUCUCGUUCUCUAUCUAUCUUCCCAUGCCUCCCUCGCUCAUGCUUAUAUAGUUUAUGGCUCUGACCUGCUGGGCCGUGUUAGUCAUACUCAUUUUUACACGAUAAGACAAGAAAUACGGCUUUGAAUUCGCAAGAGAUCAAGGUGAAUGCGACCAUCUUUCACACCGGUAGCUGUGCAUAUACAUACUAGUUUUGCCCAUACACAUCUGCUUAUUCCCAAGAAAGCAUAAUGCUUAUGUUGGUUAACUAGACAUUGCUUUACUCCUACUUAAUGGCCAUUACAUUGAAUACUACCUUAGAUUUCUGGACUGUACCCAAUGAUGUAGACUCGCUUCCUCAAGACUUUGGGUGAAUAGGACACAAUCAGUCAUAAAUUUUGCAUAAAGAUAUAUUUUGCAUACCGCAGUGUACGGUCACCACCUUCCCGUGCUUACACUGGCGAUGCAGAAAAAAGAAAACGCCCAUUCGCGUGCCAUUAUCACCCUUGGCACCGUAGAUCUUAUCACACUCGCAUCCAUUGCAUCUCUAUAAAGCAUUUUAUAGCUUUAUGCUCCUAACUACUGUCGAUGGACUUCCUAAUGAGGACAUAAACGUGACACGCAGGUCUGUUUUGCUCUGGAAAGCACACAGCUGAUGGAUGACCCCCAUCCUGCUUUCAUCUCUCGCACUCUCGUCCGUCCACUAUCUCCAACAAACACAGUUUUGGCCGCGGAUUUGUGAAAUAUGGGUCUCGGUUAUCUACGCUACGGCUGAGCUCAGACUAAACACAGAGCCGUGUAGCUCGCACGCGCGCUCGCCAUCGCGGACCCUCUCGCGAUUUAUGUCGUUCAGUACGGGAGCAGAGCUUUUAAAGCCCCUCUCCGGCCUCCGUUCAACUUAAAGCACUCCGGAGAAUUCACAAAGAAAACAAAAAGCAGGAACGCUGUGAUAACCAGGAGCAGAUCAGAGAGAGAGAGAGAGAGUCAGUGCUUUGGAGAGGCGUUUAUUGAGCGUCUCUCUGGAUCUCUGGUAUUUCUGUGAUUGCUGGUUAUAGGUAGACUAAAUCACACACGAGAGUAUGGAAAUUCCCUGCAGGCUUUGGAUCGCUGUGUACGGUUGGAGGCACCCUGACGUGAUCCUUCCUUCUGUUUUUGGAAGAAUUAAAAGAUUUAUACCGACCUGCUCAUUGGCUAAUUAAAAUGAAAGGCAAAUGUUUUAAAGUGUAAAUGAUUACAAAUAUAUUCAAAACAUUUCCAAUUUCAUCAUAUAUAAUCCUAUACAGGUUUCAUAGAAAUAUUUUAUGUGUGGCAGCUUGUGCCGUACGAUUCAUUGUGCACCGGUUUUCAUUCAUUUACAGUGGAGCAGCUCGUAGGAUGUGGUCAAGUGUGAAUGAGAUGUUGCUUUAUGUUUUAGUUUGAACAUUUAUCAUCCUCAUUAAAUUCACCGACGCAUGUCUGUAGAGAGAGGGGGGUAGAGAGGGGAGAGAGCAGGAAUGGGGCAGCCAGGCUGUGCGUUUACAUUCACGUUACUCUGAUGGAUAUGACUUUCUCAGACUCGCAUUUUGUUGUCUAGAUUUUGUUUUGACCCGUUAACCGCAGACAUUUCUCAUAGUGUCUACCUUAAGACAAAAAGUAAUUGCGUCAUGUCCCAUAAUUCUUAGCGUUAAUCAGCAGUGCCGCCAUCCCGGUCUCUUGGGUUUUGCCGUUUGAUCGUUCACGUGCUCUAGUGUGUAUAUAAGAGACCACGACUUUUAUAUAAUCUUUUUCUUUUACGUUACUAAAAGAUGAAAACCUGUCGACACUGCCAAAGACAUCUGUCCUGUUCAUGCAUAUACAGAAAUCUAUAUUUAUAUUAGUUGCACAAGCGUCUGGGGGAAGAACAUCCGUCUGAACAAAAUGGCUAAAAAACGAAAUGAAACCUAAGUGUCAAAUCAGAAUUGUUACCAUGUGUUUGAUGUAUUGUUGCUAUGUUCUCUGAUCAUUAAUAAUUUCUUUUCUUUAUGGAUCGAUUGUUUUUGUUUUGCAGCCUUUCAAGGUGUGUGUGAUGCAAUGUUAACUGUGUGUUUUAUAUCACAAAAACAUGUUUGGUUGUUGCUGUGGGCUGCAGAAACUUCUGUGAUUUAGGUGAACUGAUGGUUGCCAAAACCGUUGUGUUAUUUUAGGUUAGAAUCAUGCGUCCGCUUUCUGGAGAUAACAUUGGUCGACGUGAUUCGGUCGGAUGAACCGUAUCACUCAACACCCCAAAGCCUUUAUUGGUUUUCCAUGGUAAUUUAUCACGCGUUUAAACGCACUUGGAUUUUUAUGGCCUCUUAAGUAGAUCCUCGAUUAAAUUGUUUACUAUUAACUCAUCUUAAUUUGUCAUUAUUUACCCAAACAGUCCGUCCACACGUUCGCAUUUUUCAUGCAUUACUUCCCCCCACUUAGUUUGAUGGACUGAGACUGUUUAAAGCAUGAAACCACAUAAAACGUCCGCUGAAGGAUUUGGCAAGUUUCUGUCUGACUUCCCGUUCUCCAUCUGAGCGAAUUCGGUGCCAAACGAAGCUAGAAAGUGCCACAAAUAAUAACUUGCCUGUCGUUCAUCAGCAACCAAAGCCAGCUCACGUGACCUCAUACUGUUUAUAUCAUGUUUGCUUUAUAUUUAAAACCUUUAAAACCUUAAAUGACACAAUAAGAGGUCAAACCCAGACCAGGCCUACCGUGCUUGUUUUAAUCCAGAUGGGACGUUUUGAUCAGGCACCAGAAACGGACGCCUCUACACAUGAAGUGUCUAAUGGAGUUAUGUGGAGCAGCUUUAUUCAUUUGUAUGUUUUAAUGUAAUCAUUUCUUAGGCUGUUACAGUCAAGUUCUGUGUGCCUGUACUGUAUAUCUGGGUCAGACAUGACAUUAAGAUGAAACGUCUGGCUCGAAGUUGGUGUUUAGCAUGGUAUGGGUUUUUUCCUUUGGAUUUUGUCCUAAGAGAGUGUCAGACCUCAGUAUCACCCCAUCCACAUCUUUGUCUUUUGGCUCCAGCAGCUAUGCCUUCUGUCACAGUCUUUUCUAAUGAUCCAUUUUCAAAACAGUACACAGAAACACUGUCAAGAAGGAUUCUCGCCUUUCCUUCUUUAAUUUAAUGAAGAAAAAUAAACAAAAAAUGUCAAAUGUAACCCAAAGCUUGUCAUAGUUUCUUUAUCUUAUAUAUAUAUAGCCGUGGAAAAAAAUUAAGAGACCAGUCCAGUUUUGACUUUAAUCAUGAUUUCUAGAUGUAUUGUGACCAUUUCAGUUCAGUGUAUGUUAAAUUUCAAUAAAAGCAAACCUCGGGAGUGACAAAAGUCACACAACAGCAAAUGUAAAACACUGAGAGCAUGAGCAAUACCCAUGAAUGAUGUGACUAAAAAUCAGGUCAUGUAGUAUUUUGUUGUUGAGAAAUUAAUUUAAAUUUAUUUUCUCUGCAGUAUUUAAGAUCGGAAAACACAAUUUUUUGUUGUUGUUAUUUUUUACCAUAUUUUUCCCCUUAAAAUUUUCAGUAAAUAAAAGCAAAUUAAAACAUCAUUUUUAUUAAGAAUUUGGCAUUUGGCAAUUAUCAUUUUACUUAAACAUAUACCUAUAAAUAGUAAAACUAGAAAAACUCAAAGGGACCAUUGAAAUGGUCUCUUAAUUGUUUCCACGGCUGUAUUUGUGUGUGUGUGUGUGUGUGUGUGUGUGUGUGUGUGUGUGUGUGUGUGUGUGUGUGUGUGUGUGUGUGUGUGUGUGUGUGUGUGUGUGCGUGUGUGUGUGUGCGCAUGUCUAUGCGUGUGUGUGUUUCACAUUUUCAACAAAAUAAUGCUGCCUUAUGUCCAUCUGUAUGGAAAAUAUCGUAGAUUUCUGUAAAAAGAAAAUGGAAAAAAAAGGAAAAGAUGUUGUAUUUAGCUUUUGACUUUGUAUGUAUAUAAACGUUACGUUAUCAGGCUUUUUAUACGUGUCAUUUAUUGUGUUUUCUUGCUGUCAAUUAUGGUGUGCUAUUUUCCAUUUAAAUACAAUGCAUUGGUGUUCUU